AUGGCCUCUACCAUUCCCGACGAUGAAGGAAUCGAUUACAGCGACAUUGAAGCCAAAUAUCGCGUCGAGGCGAUGGAAGGCUUGGACAACUGCAUCGUGGUCGAUGGCGUACCCAUCAUUGACGAAUCUCGAAAAGACAGACUUUUGAGCAAAGUAGAAAAGGAGUUUACGAGACGUGGCUGUCCAUAUCCGUCCAAAAAGGUCGUCCUACCAUGGGAUAAAGCUGAAGGAAAAAGCAAAGGAUUCAUGUUCAUCGAAUUCAAUACCGCCGAAGAGGCUGAGCGAGCCAAAGCCGUGAUGGACAAACAUCCAUUUGACGCCAAGCAUCGUUUCAAGAUCAACAUCUUGACCGAACUGGACGAGUAUGUGGAGCUUGACGAGACAUUCAAAGAGCCAGAGCCCGAAGUUUUCAGACCAAAAGAACACUUGCGAGCUUGGUUAACAGAUCCGGCGGGAAGAGAUCAGUACAUCACCUACCGCGGCGACGAGGUGACUGUAUUUUGGCACGGCAAGGGAUCAUCUUCCGAGGUCGCACAAGAACGAAAUAAUUGGACCGAUUUGUAUGUUCAAUGGUCACCAAAAGGCACUCUUCUCGCCACUAUACACCGACAAGGUGUCAAGCUAUGGGGUGGUCCGUCGUUCCAACUUGUCCAACGAUUUGCCCAUCCGAUGAUCAAGCGGAUGGAUUUCUCUCCCGACGAAAACUACAUCGUCACGUUUGAAAAGAUUGUGAUACCCGACAAUGCUCUUCAAGGUCCUCAGUACCUUGGAAAAGAUAACGAGGGCGACUAUGUUGCCGUAUGGGAUGUCAGAACAGGGCAUCUAAAGCGUACCUUCCCUCGCUCGGUGCUACUUGGCGAGGAUGAGGCGACAUCCAAGAACCUCAUAUGGCCGCAACUCAAGUGGAGUCCAGAUGGCAAGUACGUUGCAAGAAUUACCCCUGGUCAACAAAUCAGCGUCUAUUCAUUACCCGACUUUGCCCUUGUCGACAAAAAGAGCCUAAAGAUUGAAGGGGUGGUCGAUUUUGAAUGGUGCCCGCUGGGUGAAAAGGAUCGAGAGGACGUUGCACAGGGCAAGAAACCUCGAGAGAGCAUAUUGGCAUACUGGACACCGGAAAUUGGCAACCAGCCUGCCCGUGCCACUUUGAUCAGCUUCCCCAGUCGAACACAGCUUCGAUCAAAGAAUCUGUUCAACGUUUCGGACUGCAAACUUUACUGGCAAGACUCUGGAGACUUCCUUUGUGUAAAGGUUGAUCGACACACCAAGACAAAGAAGCCGUCUUCGUGUAACCUUGAAAUCUUCCGUAUGCGAGAGAAGGAUAUUCCGGUAGAAGUCGUCGAACCAAAGGACACUGUUACGGAGUUUGCUUGGGAACCAAAAGGAGAGCGCUUCAUCCUGAUUUCGACUAACGACCCAAACUAUGGGACGGGUCAAGUCGGUGUGCAGAUCCGCACGGAUGUCUCAUUCUGGCAAUUGGACAGGAACAGAAACGACUUCCGUAUGCUGAAGUCACUGAGUGGCAAAACUAUCAAUGUCAUCCGUUGGUCCCCUCGUGGUCGCCAUGUCAUUCUCUCGACAAUGGGAUCCAGUUCAAAGUCGGAUCUCGAGUUCUGGGACAUGGACUUUAACGUUGAUGACUUUGGGAAGAAGGAACCAACUGAGAGAAAGGAGGAAUGGGGAUCUGCAAUGCAUCUUUUGGCAAAUACGGAGCAUUACGGCGUUACGGAUAUUGAAUGGGAUCCCUCGGGGCGGUACGUGGCGAGUAGUGUCAGUGUUUGGCGGCAUUCGGUGGAAAACGGCUUCGUUAUUUGGGACUUUAAGGGCCAAGAACAGCAACGACACCUCAUUGACCGCUUCAAGCAAUUCGCCUGGCGACCACGGCCGGCGACACUUCUUACGAAAGAACAACAAAAGCAAAUACGCAAGAACCUGAAGGAGUACAGUCGCGUCUUCGAGGAGGAGGAUGCGGCGAUGGAAAGCAAUGUCAGCGCCGAACUCAUCCAGGCCAGGAAGCGGGCUAUCAAUGAAUGGAAUGCGUGGAGAGCAAGGAUACGUCAAGAGCUGGCCCAGACUUCCAAGGGUCGAAAGAAUGCCAAAAGAAGAGACGAGGAGCAAGAGGAAACGGUCGAGCUGAUUGACGAGCUCAUCGAGGAGACGGUGACUGCCCUCGAGUAG